ACGAGGAAAUUUUGGAGUGGGUGGCAGUGGUACGGAGAGUUUACAGUGCUAUUCUGGUAUUUGUUUGCCUGCAUCAUCAGAUAAGAACUCAAACAACUACUGCUCCAAUGAUAGUCGACUACCAGGAAAAGUUGGCCAGGGUGGGAGAUGUACCGAUAGUUAUCAGUGCUAUUCUGCUAUUUGUUUGUCUUCAUCACACGAUGUGAACUCAAACAAGUACUGCUCCACUGAUGGUCCUCAACCAGGAAAAGUUCGCCAGCGUAGUAGGUGUACGGCCAGUGAUCAGUGCUAUUCUGGUGUUUGUUUGCCUUUAAGAUCAGAUGAGAACUCAAACAAAUAUUGCUCCGAUGAUAGUCCUCAACCAGGAAAAGUUGGCGACGGUGGCAGGUGUACCGAGAGUUUCCAGUGCUAUUCUGGAAUUUGUUUGCCUUCAUCACUAGAUGUGAACUCGAACAAGUAUUGUACGAAUGACAGUCGGCGAGGAGGAAAAGUUUUCCAGGGUGGCAGGUGUACCGAGAGUUAUCAGUGCUAUUCUGGUAUUUGUUUGCCUUCAUCAGCAGAUAAGGAGUCAGAGAACUACUGCUCCAAUGAUAGUCCACAACCAGGAAAAGUUGGCCAGGGCGGCAGGUGUACCGAGAGUUUUCAGUGCUAUUCUGGUGGUUGUUUCUUUUCAUCAGGUUACAAGUACUGCUCCAAUGAUAGUCCACAACCAGGAAAAGUUGGCCAGGGCGGCAGGUGUUCCGAGAGUUUCCAGUGCUAUUCUGGUAUUUGUUUGCCUUUAGUAGUAAAGGUUUAUGUGUGUGAUUUGACUGAGCCUUAUGCUCCCUGCGAGGUUGUCGAAGAUAGGUCAACGAAUUACUGCUCCAAUGAUAGUCCUCAACCAGGAAAAGUUGGUCACGGUGGGAGGUGUACCGAGAGUUUCCAGUGCUAUUCUGGUAUUUGUUUGCCUGCAUCAUCAGAUAAGGAGUCAGACAACUACUGCUCCAAUAAUAGUCCACAACCAGGAAAAGUUGGUCAGGGUGGCAGGUGUACCGAGAGUUUCCAGUGCUAUUCUGGUAUUUGUUUGCCUGCAUCAUCAGAUAAGAACUCAAACAACUACUGCUCCAAUGAUAGUCCACUACCAGGAAAAGUUGGCCAGGGUGGCAGAUGUACCGAUAGUUAUCAGUGCUAUUCUGGUAUUUGUUUGCCUUCAUCAUCAGAUAAGAACUCAAACUACUACUGCUCCAAUGACGGUCCGCAACCAGGAAAAGUUCGCCAGCGUAGCAGGUGUACGGCCAGUGAUCAGUGCUAUUCUGGUGUUUGUUUGCCUUUAAGAUCAGAUGAGAACUCAAACAAAUAUUGCUCGGAUGAUGGUCCACUGCCAGGAAAAGUUGGCGACGGUGGCAGGUGUACCGAGAGUGAUCAGUGCUAUUCUGGAAUUUGUUUGCCUUCAUCACUAGAUGAGAACUCAAACAAGUACUGCACGAAUGACAGUCGUCUAGGAGGAAAAGUUUUCCAGGCUGGCAGGUGUACCGAGAGUUAUCAGUGCUAUUCUGGUAUUUGUUUGCCUUCAUCAUUAGCGAAGAACUCAGACAACUACUGCUCCAAUGAUAGCCCGCAACCAGGAAAAGUUGGCCAGGGUGGCAGGUGUAGCGAGAGUUUCCAGUGCUAUUCUGGUAUUUGUUUGCCUUUAUCAUCAGAUAAAAACUCAAAUAACUACUGCUCCAGUGAUAGUCCACAACCGGGAAAAGUUGGCCAGGGUGGCAGGUGUACUGAGAGUUAUCAGUGCUAUUCUGGUAUUUGUUUGCCUUCAUCAUUAGAUAAAAACUCAAACAACUACUGCUCCAAUGAUAGUCCACAACCAGGAAAAGUUGGUCAGGGUGGCAAGUGUACUGCCAGUGAUCAGUGCUAUUCUGGUAGUUGUUUGGCUGGCUAUUGUAAUUAG